AUGCAUAACAAAGCCAUUGAUAAUUUAAUAAAAGCUGGAUCUUUUGUUUCUGCCCUCAAACUGUUCUACGAAAUGCCCAAACGCGAUGUUGUUACAUGGAACAUUAUGGUUUCGGGACAUUAUAGAAAUGGGCUUCCUAUAAAAUCUUUAUAUUUUUAUAAUCAGAUGGUUUCGGAGGGAAUUGUUGAGAAUCCGUCAACUUUUUCAUCUGUUUUGAGCGUGUGUUGUAAUGCAGGGCUGUAUAGAGAAGGACUUGUAGUUCAUUGUAGAGCGAUUAUUUUGGGCUUAAGCAUGAAUAUUUACAUAAGUUCUGUACUUGCUGAUCUAUAUAUGAAAAUGGGAGUUCUUGAUAUUGCUUUAAAAUUGUUUAAUAAUUUGCCCGAGAGAAAUUUGGCUACAUGGAAUGUGAUUUUACGUGGGUUUUGUGAUAUGGGUCGAACGAGAGAGAUGUUAAGGUUGCUUAGAAAUAUGGUAUUGGAGGCUGUGGAGCCUAAUGGUCUUAGUUUUUGUUAUUUCAUUCGGGGUAGCAGUUAUGAGAGGUGUUUAGACGAAGGAAUGCAGCUGCAUUGUUGUGUCACUAAGAAAGGAUUGGUUGAAUCAAAUUUGUUUGUAGCCAAUGCUUUGGUGGAUUUUUACUCUGCUUGUGGGAGUGUGGUCGAUGCUUGGAAAUCUUUUCAAGUUAUUCCACCAGAGGAUGUCAUUUCUUGGAAUUCAAUGAUUUCGGUGUGUGCAUCCAAUGGUUUUCUGAUUGAUGCUCUUGAGUUCUUUGAAAGAAUGCAUUUUUGGGGCAAGAAGCCGUCAGCUUGUUCAUUCUUAGGAUUCUUAAAGUUAGCUGGUGCAACAAAGAAUAUAAUACUUGGGAAUCAAAUUCAUUGUUGCGUUUUGAAAUUGGGUUUAGACAUCGACAGUGUCCUUGUUCUGUCUGCAUUGAUUGACAUGUAUGGAAAAUGUGGAGACAUCGAGAGCUCGGUGGAUAUUUUUGAGAAUGUUCCAAAGAGAGCUCUCGAGUGUUGUAACUCACUUAUGACAUCUUUGCUUCGAUGUGGUCUAAUCGAUGAUGUGAUUGAGUUGUUUGGUCUGAUGAUUGAUGAACAGAUUGGAUAUGAUGAAGUAAGCCUCUCCUCAACUCUGAAAGCACUGGCGAUGUCUACUUUUGCUAGUUCCACCAGCUGCAUGUUGCUGCAUUGUCAUGCAAUAAAAUCUGGUUAUGAAUCUGAUAAUGCAGUCUCUUGUUCUUUGAUUGAUGCAUAUUCUAGAUCUGGUGAAGUUAGAUUUUCCCGCCAGGUUUUCAAUCAGCUUUCCUUACCAAAUUCCAUUUGUUUCACAUCUAUUAUCAGUGCACUGGCGCGAAAUGGAAUGGGAAUGGAAUGUCUGGUGAUGUUUCAUGCAAUGAUCCAAAAUGGUCUAAAACCUGAUGAAAUAACAUUUUUGUGUAUUCUAAUGGGGUGCAACCAUUCAGGACUAGUAGAAGAGGGAAAAUCGCUCUUCUAUUUGAUGCAAAAUGAUUAUGGGAUACUCCCAGAUAGGAGGCAUUAUUCAUGUAUGAUUGAUCUUUUGGGUCGUGUAGGUUUACUAGAUGAAGCAGAGCAGUUGCUGAAAGAAGCACCAAGGGAUGGAAAAUCUGCGAUAUGGAGCUCAAUGUUAAGGAGUUGCAGAAUUCACCAAAAUGAACAAGUGGGAAAGAGAGCUGCUGCAACACUAAUGGAUCUUGAGCCGGAGCAUCCUGCUGCUUGGCUACAAGCUUCAAGUUUCUAUUCUGAAAUUGGGGAUUUUGACUCUGCAACACGAUUCCAGGAGGUUGCUGUGGCAAGAAAGAUUAGAAGAGAUAUAGGUCAUAGUUUGAUUGAGGUGCAUGGUCACCGACAACUUCUCAAAGAAGAAUGUGAUUUUGAACUGGAAGAAUUGAUGCUUUUGCUAUUGUUACCUGAGGAUCAAGAAUUGGCUGGUAAUCAUAUCAUUCUUGAUUUAAAGAAGUGGCUGAAAGAUUUGACAUCUGAUGAACAGCAUCUUAUAGUGGACAAUAGGACUUACUGA